AUGCAACUGGACCAAAGGGCGUAUGGACCAGGACCAGGACCAGGACCAGGACCGGCAAAGAAGACGAGAAGCGGCACACAUAUUAAUUCGGUGAACGACUUGACUCCUCCAUCCACUAUUGAGCCAAAUAUCAGAGCCUACGAGCAGGCAGACUUACAGCAAGAUGGCUAUGAUAACGUCAGACGACCAUGGCCCACUCCUGAAUGUCGCCAUUUGUUAUCGGUAGCUCAAUGCUUAUGUACAUCGGAACAAGUUGCGCAUGGACUUGGGCAAAACCAAGACUCGAUCCUCCCCAGUGAGCUAAAUCGCUUCUACAUUGCUCAAUAUGUUGGUCAUAUCAUGUAUAUUCUGGCAAUCUUCGUUUCCAAACUUUCAAGUCUUUACUUCUUCAUUUGUCUCACUGGAGAAGGAAGUACUAAGCGACGAGUAAUCAAAGGAUGCAUUGUGUGCAUCGGGACAUGGAGUUUUAUCAGUAUAAUUGUCGUUGCUCUGCAAUGCCACUUUCCAGAACCUUGGAACUUCCAUGCGGACCGAUGUAUUGACGUCAGGGCUUUUUGGGCAGUCAAUAGUGUAGUGGAUAUCUUGACGCAAAUUUGUGUCGUCCUGCUUCCGAUCUAUAUUCUUAACGGACUGAAAAUGGAAGAGUGCAAGAAACGGGUCACCAUACUUCUGUUCUCGCCCAACCUUCUGACAUUACCUCUGGUCAUCUUACGCAUGAUAUAUUUUUACCGCGCUAUCUAUUCCACGAACUAUACGUGGGAUUCAUUUAGCUUGGCACUAACAACGAAUUUACACUCCUCAUUCGCCAUCAUAUUAUCCUGCAUUCCAUUCUCCAAAUCCAUCAUCGAUAGUCUCGUUCUCACACCACCACAUAUCGUCACGGACACCACGAGAGGCACUGUCUCAAGUUCCCGAUCGAAUAGUCCCGGAAGAGGAAACAAAUACAACACUGGUGGCUCUUCUAAUUUCUUGAGCGGUGUUGCAGGUAGAACCACCACAAUUGUGACUAUUACUCGAGGAGGUAAAGCACAUGAGUUGAACGAGUAUCUCAAUCGUGCCGAGAGUCAAGAGCGAAUGAUCCCAGAGCCAAAGAGCCCGGCGUCCAGCAAAGCAGAAUAG